UUAAUUGCAUUUUCUUCUGUUUCUGUAGGCAACACUAGCACCACCCGUGAAAGGGAAAAUGUUCAAGGGACUAUGUGUAUGCUAUUUUGUACUCAUAGCCACUUUCUUUAGUGUAUCUGUUUCUGGUUAUUGGGCAUUUGGCAACGAAUCUAAAGGCCUGAUAUUAAGCAAUUUUGUAGACAAUGGGAACCCAUUGGUGCCCACAUGGUUCAUUUACAUGACCAACAUUUUCACUAUAACACAACUAUCAGCCGUUGGUGUGGUUUAUUUGCAACCAACAAAUGAAGUGCUGGAGCAAGCAUUUGGAGAUCCAAAAAGCCCUGAGUUCUCGAAACGCAAUGUAAUACCGAGAGUGAUUUCUCGAUCACUGGCUAUUACUAUUUCAACCAUUAUAGCAGCCAUGCUUCCAUUUUUUGGAGACAUAAACUCUCUUAUUGGAGCUUUUGGCUUUAUCCCUCUUGAUUUCAUCUUGCCAGUCAUUUUCUACAACUUCACAUUUAAGCCAUCUAAGCGAACCUUUAUUUUCUGGUUGAAUCUAACUAUUGCCGUCGCUUUCUCUGCUUUGGGAGCUAUAGCAGCAAUUGCAGCAGUUAGGCAGAUUGUUAUUGAUGCAAAAGAUUAUCGAUUAUUUGCUAAUGUAUGAUCUCCUUCUUCAUAAUGAAAUCUCCUGCUUCAGUUCAUAUACAUACAGGUGCAAUAUUUUGUUGUAUAAAACUUAGAACAAAACGAAGAUAAC